CGCUGCAAUGCCAACUAUUUUCAAAGACACACUGGCACGGCCGGCCCUCGGCGCGUUUCUGGCAUUCGUCCGCCGCCCUUGUGGCGAUGAUGCAGCGCAAGAGUAAGGGGGCUGCGCGCGCCGCAGGACCCUCCGGAAAAGGCCAGGCGCUUGCGAUCUCCCUGUGUGACGGCUGGGGCUAUCUCAAGCACCCCAUGAACUUGGCGAAGCUGUCGCGGCGCGCCUUUCUUCAAUGUCGUAAAGUUGCCACGCACGCGAGCACGGCCCUUGCAUACGCGCGGCCAUGUCGAGAAGGCCAAACGGGCUACACGCUUGGACAUUUAGCAGGCGCAUUGGUUCAAAUGGUCGAAGUGAUCGCCGCACAGGAUCAGGAUGGGACCCAGCGCCCGCGCGCGACGGCGCGGGAGCGCCGGGGCCGUGUCGCGUGCAUGCUCCUCCGGAUACCCGAGCGCACGCGCGCGGUUUACUUUGGUGAUUAG